AUGCUGAGAGCAGGCCUCUUCCUCCUGUCGGUGUCAUGCACCGCCAUGGAGGUUUCCGUAGAUGCUGGCGGAAGUGUCAGGCACGUGAGGCACCGGCCCGCCCUGGUGCGAAAAGAAGCCGGAAACGCCUCCCGGCUCGAGCAUUAUGACUUGCUGGUGAUCAUCCCGGCGAAGCUCACCCGGGACCGGCGGCGGCUGCAGGCGGUUCGGGACACCUGGGCCCGGGACAUCGACGAGAGCCACCGCUGCGCCAGGUGCGGGAGCAAUCGCACCGUGAAGUACCUCUUCGUGCUUGGCGAAGAGGCCUCCGAGGCAGAUGCCCCGCCGGAUGCCGUGGUCUUGCCCAGGUGCAGCAGUGACUAUGACCGCCUCGCGGAAAAGGUGCGCCGCGGCAUCCACUACGUUGUUGGGCGCUACAGCUUCAAUCUGCUGCUCAAGGCCGACACGGAUUCCUGGAUAUUUCUGGACCGCCUGCUGCAGUUCGCAGAAGACCAUCGGCUCUUUGAUGGGAAGCGCGCGGUGCAGGCGGGGGAGGUGCGGCGCCAUGGAAGGCCGCAGGGCGCGGGGGGGCGCAACGAGGACUCAGUCUUUGCGCAGCUGACAGGUCAAGAGACUUACCCUGUCUACACCCCUGGCUGUGGCUACCUCUUGACCCGAAACCUGUGUAAUUACAUCAGCUUGCUGGCUGAGACGAAAUCCCAGGCUGGAGAGGAGGCCCUGCCUGAAUUGCAAGACCUUCCGCAGGAGGACGUCGCGGUGGGGUUUUGGCUGGAG